AUGCCUCGCAAGAAACGAGGAGGUAUCCAGAAGGCUGGCGGGGUCUACAAUUUCUACGCCAAGACGCAGCAUGACGUGGUACCCUGCUGCCUCCGCCGGGGCAAGUUGCCAACGAAGGUCCUGCGCGCUUUGCAAAAAGCCGUGAAGCCCACCAUGGACAGCUGGCAGCUUCCGUCCAGCGUGGCCUUAAAUGACUUUGGAGUCCCCGAUAAGUUUCUGGCCAAUGGCAUCGUUGCUCGGGAUUGCGGUGGAGAUCUGUGCUGGUUGCGAAACUCGGAGGUGCCGAAAGGCAAAGUCUCUGCGGGACCCUAUCGAAAGCUGGGCCCUGCAGAGGUCAGAUCUGUGGUGGACGAACUCUUGGAGAACAAUCCGGAAAUGCUGGAGAAGGUGGAGAAGUUGAUGGAUGCCACCCACAGUUCCGCCAAGGGCCCGGUGCCAGCCUUCGCAGCCCGACAGGCCAAGGACGCCAUUUUCCCCUACAUGUGCCUGCAACGUCGUUGGCCGCACCAGAACGCUCCGCCGCUGCCGGAGCACCCGGACGACGACGCCAACGCCACCGGCUCCAACGACGACGGCUCGGGCUCCGACGCCGCGGACGCGAAGACCGCGAAGACGGCGAUGAAAGCAGGACAUGUCGAGGCCGGCAUUCCGUGGCACGUGGACGGUGGACCGUCCAUUUGUUUCAUGGCCUUGACCUUGGAAGGCACUCGCACCGUGGAGAUCGAAACCGUCGACAACGAGACCGGCGCGACGAAGACCAAGCGUUUCACCUUCCGCCCUGGCGAUUGGUACUGGAGCUCCCCCAGCUGCUUCUGGCACCGCGUCUCCUCCAUCUGCAAGGGCAAGAGCGGCGGCGCUGUCUCGACUACGCUCCUGCUACGCUCGGCCAUCCUGAUGCGUCGCAUCAGUGGUGGUCGCAUCACAGCUACGGGACGCAAGACCAACGGCAUGAAGUAUGCCACUAAGGAGUGUUUCUGUAAGCUGGCGCCGGCGUUUGCGGACAUCAUUAAGAACACCAAGCGGAAUUUGGGGGCUUGGCGCGAAUUUGGCACCGGGCACCCUGUGAAAAAAUUGCGUCGAAGUUGGCACCGGGAUGAGAGGAUGUCUGGAUACUUUGGGGAUACAGGAAGUCUUUGGAUCCGGCGCCGUUUUAAGCUUCACCGGACGCGAGCGCCGGUGCCGAGGGUGUCAUGUGGGGCAGCCCAGGGGUCCUCGGUCUAUGGCCCUGAGUUGCUGAAGGACCCCACCGUGGCCGAUGACGUGGACGUCUCCUUGGGCCGGAAAAAGGCGGGCGAGGAGUUUGAAACAGACCACGAUCGCGCCAAGCGAAUUCGAAGAGAAAGGAGAGCAGCCAAGGAGAAAGAGAAGGAUGACCAACAGAAACAUGACAUGAACAAGGCCAUCAGCGCGUUGUUGGGCGGUGGCAGUUCAGCACAAAAGUUGGACCUGUCCAGUGCCAACUUCCAAUCCUUCGGUCCCAGCGCUGGACCCAGCGUAGGUCCUUCGGUUCCCGCGGGACCUUCGGGACCCUCGGGACCUUCGGGACCCUCGGGACCCUCGGUGCCCGGGCCGCCGGGGCCGCCGGGGCCAUCAGGGCCAUCAGGGCCAUCGGCUCCUGAGGCUGGCCCCUCCAGCCCUCCAAAGGCACCGGCAGGCCCUUCCAAGCCGAAGAUGCCGCAGGGUCCCCAGCGACCGCCGAAGCCGGAGGAGGCAAUGCCGGAGGUCGAGCCGGAAAAGCCGAAGGAUGAGAAAAAGGUGCUAUUGGGGCACAUGGAUAUCAUGAAGGAGCAGAAGCGCGUCUCCUGGGAUGAGUUGAAGACUCGCUUAGCCGAGGCCAAUUGGAAGGAGGCGGGCGUCCCUGGCUCUUCGGAGUUCGACAGCUACUCCGCGAAACUGGAGAAGACCCGGAAUGAACGCCUCGCACAACAAGAGGACGACACCAAAAAGGCGUUGAAGGCCGUGAAUAAAGUCAAGAAAGAGAAGAAGAAGGAAAAGAAAGAAAAGAAAAAGCGUUCUGCACUUCACCAUCAAGCCAAAUGAGUGGGGCGUCUUCCGCCCCCAUUGCUGGGGGUACUUCUAGACAAUUGCAAACUGGAUGGUCUUCUCGUAAAAGAAAUAGUGUGUUGAGCCGUCUCUUGUUUGUGCUUGGUGGUGCCCCAGUUAGGAAUCGCUGACUUGGUGAACAGAACUAACAUGUCACUAGGCCACUAGGCUUU